UAUAGAUCCCCCGCGAAUCCGCGACACACGGCCAUCAAGCGCGUUGUCGGGCUCCCCGGUGACCGGAUUACAACUCGGGAGCCCUGCAUGAAGGAGUCGCAGAUUGUGCCGUUCAAUCAUGUGUGGUUGGAGGGUGAUGCGCAGGAUCCGCGGAAGUCCAUGGAUAGUAAUACCUACGGUCCGGUCAGUUGUAGUCUGAUUACCGGCCGGGUGUUGGCUGUGCUGUGGCCCCGGUGGCGGUGGUUGGAUUGGCAGGAUUGGGAGAAGGGGCGAGUUGAGGGCGAUGUCGAGCGCAGAUUUGGGGAUAAUUAUAGGCAAGAGGUCAGGGAGCGCGUGGUCAAGGAGGCCGUGCAGUUGGAGGCUCCGCAGCUGUCGUAG